AUGAAAAGAGAUAGAGAAGAUAAUUAUUGUGAUACAAAAAACAAUAGCAAUAGUAGUAGUGGUAGUAACAAUGAUAUAACAACAACUACAACUACAACAACAUCUACUUCACAAACAACUACAACAACAACAACAACACCACAACCUUCUACAUCUUCAACUUCAUCGAAUAUCGUUGGUAUAGUUGUAGAUCAUAAGAGUAAAACUGUUCAAGAUGUAAGUCAUCUCUUCAAUGUCUUCACUAUUGAACAUUGUAUAAAGGUGGUACUGAAUCUUGUUAAUCAAGAGUGGAAUACUAUUAUCGAUAAUGAGCUGGCUGCUACCUCGCUCUUUGAUAACUGUGCAGGCAAGUGUGUGGUGCUUGCCUACAUAGGACUGCCUACCACCAAUGGAAUAUUGGCAAACAGUGACAUUGACUUUCUCAACGAUUGUCUACAACAUCUUCAAUCUUCAGUGCAGCGAUACACUACACGACCACUCUACGGUGUUUUGGUAUGCACCAAUUCACCGUCACCUUCAGUUACACACACUCGUCGUAUCGAGAAGCUGCUGGCGUCAAAGAUGCAGGGUGGCUACUGGUGUGUAUCGGACGCACCUCCACGCACCAAAGAAGCAUUCCAACAGAUUCUAAGUCUAAUAUAUCCAACCAACAAGUUAUCACCGAAUCUUUCACUUGUCAAUGCUGGUCCGACCACUUCAUCAUCAACAUCUUCUUCUUCAUCUACACCCAACAAGCAGCAGCAGCAGCAACAACAACAACAGCAACAACAACAACAACAGCAACAUCAGCAGCAGCAACAACAAAAUAGCUAUACAAUUACAAAACUAUCUACUUCUACUUCUUCAUUACCGACAUCCACAUCAACACCUACAUUUACACCAACGACAACAACGACAACGACAACAACAACUACUUUUAACAAUACAUAUUCGAUACCGACAAAUAGUGAUGUAGUAACAAGACCUAAUAUAACACCUUCACAAGCAUCUUCAGCGCCGGUAGUUGACAAUACCAAUAAUUUUAACAGCAGAUUUAAUAAUGGUUAUGGGUCUGGCAGGAAUCAAACUGGUUACCAGUACUACAAUAACAAAGAGAGUGUGGAUAGAAUAUUAAAUAGAUUCGAUGAUAAUUUCAGUAAAGAUGAGCUGUAUAAUAAAUACAAUGGUUUUAGAAAUGGUAGUAAUAGUAAUGUAAAUAGCAAUGAUAAUGUAAUUAAUAAUAGUAAUAGUAGUAAUAAUAUAUUAGAUAAUCAAAUAAAUAAUCCUACUAUCAAUAGACAACCUACAAAUCGAAGUAUAAAUAGUAAUAGUAUUAAUAAUUGUAGUAAUAAUAACAAUGUAAAUAAUAAUUAUUAUAAUAUGCCAAUACAAGAUUAUGUUAGAGGGUACAGAAGUGGUGAUACACCUAUAAAUAGUGACAGUGAUAUCUCAUCGUCUGGGAUGGAUUAUGAUUCAUCGUCAUCGCCUAUUCCAUCUCCUAUCGACAAUAGUAUAACAAGUAAGCGAUCUUCAUUCGACUACAAUGACAAGUUGUAUAUAUCACCUCCAUUAUCAGUUACCAAUUCAAUUGCAUCAUUAGUCAAUAGCAACAACAACAACAACAACAACAACAACAACAACAACAACAACAACAACAAUAACAACACUGGUAAUGGAAUUUCAGUUAUUGGUAAUAAUCCUUCAAUGUCAGCGACAUCCUCAUCACCAAAGGCAAGAAUGUUUGAUGAUAUACCUUAUUUGAAGAGGAGUAAUGAUGAAUCACCACCGUUCUUGGCGGCCAAUACACUGUCGUCCAUCGAGGACAUCGACAGUGCACUAGAAAUCAUUGAGAAUCAAAAGUUGGUAAAUCGACAAAAAGUUACGGAUUUGCUCGAGCAACAAAAGGAGGAUAGUAGCAGUAGCGACUCUGAGUUGUCGGUUAUCAACAGCAGCUCAGCUCUGCGGCACGAUGAAAGCAAUCGUCGAACUCUUAUACCUUCACUACGUUCAUUCGAUCAUCUUACCAAACGUUUGUUAAUAAAUAACUACAACGAUAGACAGUCGCAACAGUCCACUCUGACAAUGCCAACCAAUUUCAAACUAAAAACACCAACUGUUGGACCUACUGUUUCCAACGUUGUUGGAUCGCCUUCAGCGCAAUUAGUAAUGGCAGGUACAUCCUCGACGUCUGGCGACAAUGUUUCACAGCUACAGCAGUUGCAGCAAUCGGUUGGAUUAUACUUGGGUGACUACAUGGUUGAUGUCAUGGUUGUCGAGGAUAACGAAAUGAAUGCGGGAUUCCUCUUGAAGUUGUUGGAGAAGUUUGGUGUCUAUACUAAGCGUUGUCAAUGGGUGACCGAUGGUGUGCAGGCUGUACAGGCGUACAAAGCAGCGACACAUCCUUUCCGUUUAAUACUAAUGGAUCUGUUCAUGCCACACAUGGAUGGUUAUCAAGCGACAAACAUUAUUCGACAACUUGAAGGUGAAUCAAGACACACUCCGAUAGUAACUGUUACUGCCAAUGUAACAAAGGGGGCAAGAGAAAAGUGUUUAUCAAGCGGAUUUGAUGGAUAUAUUGCCAAGCCAAUUCGUGCUGAAGAAUUGAAAUAUGUUGUUGAUCGAUAUGUCCAUCAGCUUAAUAUUUUGUAG